AUGGCUAGCGUUUCCAUACUGCAGGACCCAUCACUGCAAGCCCGACAUAAGCAAUCUGUCACGCUGUCCGAUGGCCGCACGCUGGGCUAUGCGGAAUUUGGAUCUCUCAGUGACGAUGCCACCAUAGUUCUAGCUUUUCACGGUUGGCCAGGCUCCCGAUUGGAGAGCGCUGUAUUCCACCCCGCCGCCAGCCAGUUAAACGUACGAAUUAUUGGUAUUGAUCGCCCGGGAAUUGGUCUAUCUUCUCCACAGCCAAAGCGCAAGCUCCUCGAUUGGCCUGCCGAUGUGCGAGAGUUGGUGCGGUACCUGAAACUCGAGCGAUACUAUAUCAUCGGUGUUUCAGCUGGCGGGCCUCAUGCUCUCGCAUGUGCACACGAGACUGCAGAGAAUGAAUUGCUCGGAGUUGGCAUUGUAUCUGGCCCAGGCCCGUGGGCGCUCGGUACGAAGGGCGCGAGUCUUGAUCUGAAAGCUAUCUUGAAUGCCAUAGCUUACGCGCCGUGGCUGGUACGGUAUUUCAUGAAUUCAACAUUCGUCAAACCUGCCCAGGACCAGGACCCGGCUAAGCUGGAUCAAAUGAUGAGAUCUCAAAUGAAAAAGAUGCCGCCUGCAGAUCUAGCAUUUGCGGAGAAAUACCCUGACAAAGUGGACAUCAUGAUUGCUGCUGUGCGGGAGAGCUUUAAGCAAGGUGUAGAUUCCAACGUGCGAGACGGACAGAUGUUGACUUCAGAUUGGGGGUUCGAGUUACAGAAUAUCAAAUUCGAAAAGGUCCUCGUGUGGCAUGGAACGGAGGAUGUCAAUGUCCCUGUCGCCCGUGGACGUUAUCUUGCGGAGCAUAUUCCUCACGCCGUCCUGAGAGAGUAUGAAGGGGAUACCCAUAUUACCAUUCACGAGCAUGCAGCUGAGAUGUUGAGAGAUUUGAUAACCGUUUCUACUUGA